CGCACUGCCACGUCAUCACGAGGCCGCGGGGUAUUAAGAUAGAUUUAUCAUCAUCAUCAUCAUACCCCCUUCUGAAGCGCAGUACCCUUCCAUCUCACCCCCCAUCUGAGCACCCCUUUCUUCAUACUUUUCGAGUCCAUGUCCAGGAUCGACCAGCCCAUUCUCGUCGGUGCAGAGGACCCAGAAUAUUACGCAGAGCUUCUCUUCAAGAUUUGGAGAAACAACCCAAAUCGGCGCCUGUCCGAUGAAACACUUUGUUCAGACAUCUCCGGUGUUCGGGGUAUCGAUAAGAACCUCUCCGGGCGCCUACGGACACUUCUCGAUGUAGUCGCCGCUAUCUCACUCCCUACACGAGGAAACGUUUCCGCUACGAUGGCCUGCGUAAAGGACCAUCAAGGCACUCUAGAAACGCAGGUAUACAUCGCUUUCAACCACGAAGAUGAUGACGCAGCCAGUAGUUGUCCUGAUCACCUACGGUCCAUCUUUGAUAUGCUUUCUCAAAUCCCCUACAAGCCACUCGGAACAGACGGCUCCCCGAAUGACAUCUCGAAGGAGUUAGAUGGGAGCUUAACCAGAGUCUGCAGAGCCAUUCACAACUACUCAUUCCGACAUUCGGAGGUACAUUGAACAGGACAAGGUUGAAUUCGAAGCGGAGCAGCGUUCCACGUUGUUAGGGUUCCUUCGGCAUGUGGAGUUGAUUAUCAAGGCCGUCGUCAAUGCACAAGCAACGAAGCAACUUUCCCCCGAUGCUAUACGCA